AUGGGAAAUAAUUGUCUGCCCAGCAUCAAGGUACACAUAUUUGACGCUUGGUCCACACCUCCAUCCAACUCGCAAGAAGUAAUGUCAUCAGUAUUCGAAAGUCCCAUUUGCAUCCCUGAUCUCACUGAUCAGAUAAUCAAAUACUCAGACAAACCGGCUGCAGCGGGCGGUUAUGCGAAAAUCUUCAAGUGCAGCUGGAACUCGCCUUCUGAAUCUUCUCCAGUUGCAGUUCAGGUCAUCAAGGUUCAGCAUGAUUCUGACUCGCUCAGUGAAAAAGGCGAGGAAUUGAGACGAGAAAUCAAAUUAGAUCUCACAACAUCCUUACGCGCCAUGAACGUUUUCGCCUGGUGGCUGCAAGAUAUUGCCUCAGCGCUGCAGUAUUUGCACUCUUUUGCAGUAGUUCACGGAAAUCUAAGCGGUCAUAACAUCCUGGUGGACUCGAAUGGCCGUGCCUUUGUAAAGGGUAGUGGGCUUUCCACGAUGCUCGAUGAGAUUGCGGAAUCAGAAUCUUACGAGACUCGUCUGGGUGAUGUUGCAUGGACAGCUCCCGAGUUGAUGGUUGACAGUUCCAGCGGACUUCCGACGUCCCAAAGCGAUGUGUGGUCUUUCGGUUGCAACAUGAUCCAUGUUCUUUCUGGGCAGGAGCCCUGGCAAAAAGCUCCAGAUGACACUGUGAAGGCCCGUUUGCGUGACGACCAAGUCCCGGUAUUCCCAGAAGGAAUCAGCGCUCAAGAUCUAUCUUUCCUCCGACGAUGCUUCUCACUUCGGCCUGCAGAUCGCCCUUCUGCAGAUCAGAUCCUAACCUUUGUGCAUGAAGAAUCCUUGCGUUGUAUGCCCGGAAUACCACAGACCGUGGAAGUUACGGUCUCCGAGCAUGGUUCUCCCUAUGGUAUUCCCGAUGUAAUGAUCGAGUUCAAACGACGAGUUUUUGAUCAGGUCCCAUCCCAUCUGAUCUAUAUCCCAGAGAUGAAAUUGAUCUCACGGGAAGAACUUCUUACCAUAUUGGAACCAGAGAAGAUCACGGAGGAGGACAUAUCCAAGCAUGAGGGAUGGUCGAGAAAAUGGGGAAAAUCGGAGCCAACGUUCCAAGACUUGAAGUCGGGAAAACGCGAAGGGGCAGGUUACGAGAAGUUGCGCUCGUUUUGCACAAAAGCGAAGGAAACUCUAUGGCUGCCGUCUUGCAUGCCAUACGUUCGAUGUACAGAUGGUACCCGCGGUGCUUAUAUAUGCAUCGUGCAUCUGGCUCAAUCAGAAUCAUUGGAGACCCUAGGAAUUGACGAGUGGUUCCUUCGUGGCUGGACGCUGCAGGAGCUCCUUGCACCCCUCAGGAUGAAGUUUUACGGUCCUAGGUGGACACCCCUUACGGAUAAUGAAAACGACAAGGACGACGCGGCGGUCGUCUCUGCUCUUUCCCGGGUUACCAAAAUCCCUCUGAAUGACCUGUGCAACUUUAGCCCCGGGCCAAACCGUGCCUGGGAGAAGAUGACCUGGGCAGCGAGCAGGAAGACAACCCGCAUCGAGGAUGUUGCCUACUCCCUCACUGGUAUCUUUGACAUCAGCAUGACGAUCGCGUAUGGAGAAGGAGAUCGAGCGUUCAAAAGAUUCAUGGCAGAACUAAUUCAGAACUGCAAGGAAUGGCAGAUUCUUGUGUGGGCUGGCGGGCUUCCUGGUUGUCCAACGGAGCCUGGCUGUUACCGCACGACGAACGCCACGGCGCUGGAUAUGCUCAAGAACCGCCAGAUAUCGUGGUGGGGAGAGGGUUGUGGUGAUUCCGACUUCUCAAUCACAAAGCGUGGCGUGCAUGUCAGACUGCUCAUGCUUCCUGCCUCUGUUAGCCAGAGCCAAUGGCAGUCGACGUUCCUUUCCCGGCCCGCAGGUCGCCGCUGGGUAUCACCGCUCAAGAAGCUGGUCGUACAAUCUCACUUCUUCCCACCGGCAUCUACGACAGAAUGGAUGGUCGGAAUUAUUAACUACCAUGAUCAUGAUGACCCCGACAAAGGAAUAUUGAAACGGGGAGAAAGUUACAUAUGCUUCCUAUUGAAGCGAUUUCGUCGCCCUGGCAUGGACACCGUGCGUAACCACUGGAGGAGGCAGAUCACGGAAGAGAUUUUGACUGUUUCUUGUGCAAAUGACUUUGAGAAAAUGCUGGAGAGUGUUUGGUUAUAGGUGAUGGAAUAGUGUUCGUAGGUUCAAUCUGGAGUGACGAACAGACUGGAGUAGUGAAAAAGUUCGCACUAUGUUAUGUGUCAGCCUUAACUGGUAGAACAAAGUCCGCUUAUAAUGCAAAUGGAGAACUAGCUGUAGAAAUUUCUGAUCCGGGACUCCACUUCCUCAGGAGACAGCUUGAUAUCU